GUGCUUGCUGAGAACUCACCAACCACCCAGCCAUGAGCACCACGUUUCUGCAGACCUCUUCCUCCACCUUUGGGGGUGGCUCUACCAGGGGGGGCCCCCUCCGGGUUGGGGGAGGCGGCUUUGGUGGGGGGAGUCUCUGUGGGGGCGGUGGAAGCCGCACUAUUUCGGCUUCUUCUGCUAGGUUCGUCUCCUCGGGGUCAGGAGGGGGCUAUGGGGGUGGCAUGAGCUGCGGCUUCGGUGGAGGGGCUGGUAGUGGUUUUGGGGGUGGCCUUGGAGGUGGCUUUGGUGGGGGUUUUGGCGGUGGCUUUGGUGACUACAGUGGUGGCGAUGGCGGCCUCCUCUCUGGCAACGAGAAGAUCACUAUGCAGAACCUCAACGACCGGCUGGCCUCCUACCUGGACAAGGUGCGGGCCCUGGAGGAGGCCAACACGGAGCUGGAGGUGAAGAUCCGGGACUGGUACCAGAAGCAGAGCCCCAGCAGCCCGGAGCGGGACUAUAGCCCUUACUUCAAGACCAUUGAGGAGCUCCGCGACAAGAUCCUGGCGGCCACCAUUGACAACAACCGGGUCAUCCUGGAGAUUGACAACGCCCGGCUGGCGGCGGACGACUUUAGGCUCAAGUACGAGAACGAGCUGGCCCUGCGCCAGAGUGUGGAGGCCGACAUCAACGGCCUGCGCCGGGUGCUGGAUGAACUGACCUUGGCCAAGACCGACCUGGAGAUGCAGAUUGAGGGCCUGAACGAGGAGCUGGCCUACCUGAAGAAGAACCAUGAGGAGGAAAUGAAGGAGUACGGCAGCCAGCUGGCCGGCCAGGUCAACGUGGAGAUGGACGCGGCACCAGGCGUGGACUUGACCCGCGUGCUGGCCGAGAUGAGGGAGCAGUAUGAGGCCAUGGCGGAGAAGAACCGACGGGACGCCGAGGCCUGGUUCUUCAGCAAGACAGAGGAGCUGAACAAGGAGGUGGCCUCCAACACAGAGAUGAUCCAGACCAGCAAGACGGAGAUCACAGACCUGAGGCGCACGAUGCAGGGGCUGGAGAUCGAGCUGCAGUCCCAGCUCAGCAUGAAAGCCGGGCUGGAGGGCUCACUGGCCGAGACGGAGUGCCGCUACGCCACGCAGCUGCAGCAGAUUCAGGGGCUCAUCAGCAGCCUGGAGGCCCAGCUGAGCGAGCUCCGCAGUGAGAUGGAGUGCCAGAACCAGGAGUAUAAGACGCUGCUGGACAUCAAGUCUCGGCUGGAGCAGGAGAUCGCCACCUACCGCAGCCUGCUGGAGGGCCAGGACGCCAGGAUGGCUGGCAUUGGCGCCAGAGAAGCCUCCCUGGGAGGCAGUGGCGGCGGCAAAGUUCGCAUCAAUGUCGAGGAGACAGUGGACGGGAAGGUGGUUUCUUCUCGCAAGAGAGAGGUCUGAGUGCCCGGUAUAGGAGAGAUGUCCCUCGUCACCUCCCCGCUUCCCAGGCUGAGUGGAGGACUGGCUAGAGGGGCCAGAAGAGCAAACCCUAGUCCCUGCUUCCAGAGGGUCAAGCUCUCUUUGUUGGGUGCUUGGCAUGCUCUC